ACAGCUGAGCUCUCUUUUUUGUAAAAUUGUGCAUAUUUUUAUUUUGUUUUGUUUCGUUUAGCGUUUCGUUCAGACCUGCAACAUGUCCGCGCCUAAGAACGAGAUGUACUACAGCCUGUUGGAGUGGUUCAAAACCCUCAAUCUCAAUGCUCCGCACGCAGAUGCGGAAUCUCUGGCCGACGGAGUGGCGCUGGCCCAGGCCCUUAAUCAGUUCGCACCCGAAUCUUUCACUGAUGCCUGGCUGUCCAAGAUAAAGGCCAGCGCAGUGGGUAGUAACUGGCGGCUGAGGAUGAGCAACCUGAAGAAAGUAACACAAUCCGUGUACGACUACUACAGCGAGGUACUCAAUUACUCGCUGAGUGACUUUUCAAAGCCAGAUCUGCAGAGGAUUGCCGAGAAAUGCGAUCUGGGUGAGCUUGAGCGCUUGCUCCAACUAGUUUUAGGAUGCGCCGUUAACUGUGCCCAGAAACAGUCCUACAUUACUGAGAUCAUGUGCCUGGAGGAGGAGUUACAGGCGAACAUCAUGCGCGCUUUGCAGGAACUGGAGGCUACGAGGCAAGCCUCCUCGCCGGAGGGCGGUGUGGUCAGCUCCCUGUCCCGCAGUUCCCUUAGUGGAAUCCUUGACAGUAAAGCGGUGCAGGAGGAGCGGGACGCAAUGGCACAAAAGUGUUUUGAGACCGAGAAGAAAAUGCUCUUGCUGAUCGAUGAGAAAACCAAUCUGCAGCAGGAGUUUCAAAAACUCCAGCAAGAGUUUGCCCGCCUGGAGCAACACUCCACGGUAAUCGGGGACGAUGGAGUAUCGUUAGGACCGGUCCAAACCGGAUCUGUGCGCUACAACGAGCUACGCCGCCAGUUGGAACUCCUAAAGGAGGAGCUCCUGCAGUCCGAAGGGGCACGAGAAGAUCUAAAACUCAAGGCCCAACAACAGGAUACAGAUCUUUUGCACAUGCAAAUGCGUAUCGAGGAACUAAUGAAAAGCUCUGCUGAGGUGACCACACUGAAAGACGAAGUGGACGUCCUACGAGAGUCCAACGACAAACUUAAGAUAUGCGAAGCCCAGCUUGACACGUACAAAAAAAAGCUAGAAGACUAUAACGACCUGAAGAAACAGGUCAAAAUCCUAGAGGAGCGCAGUGCCGACUACGUUCAGCAAAAUGCGCAGUUUGAGGAGGAUGCAAAACGAUAUGCCAAUACCAAAGGUCAGGUGGAGUUGUUCAAGAAGGAGAUUCAAGACUUGCAUGCAAAGCUGGACGGUGAGAGCAGUAAGAACGUUAAACUUGAGUUUGACAACAAGAAUCUGGAGGGCAAGAAUCUAGCUCUUCAACGGGCAAAGGAUAGCUUGCUUAAAGAGCGCGACAAUCUUCGCGAAACUGUCGACGAGUUAAAGUGCGGACAAUUGUCCUCCACCUCGGCACUGACGGGCACCACAGUUUCCCGGGAAUUGCAGCCGUCGGCAACAGUGGAAAAACUACAGCGUCUGGAGGCAGAGAACAAGGCAUUGCGAGAGGGGCAGGGUGGACAGACAGCUUUGGCGCAACUUCUGGACGAUGCCAAUAAACGUUGCGAAAAUUUGCGUGAGCAGUUGAAGACGGCCAAUGAACGAAUUCUUUCCCUGUCGCAUGCCUCACAAAGCGAUGAUCCGAUUUUAAAAGAGAGCGAGUUCGGUAAACAAAUCAAGCAGCUAAUGGAGCUAAAUGAACAAAAGACACUUCAACUGGAGGAAGCAGUAACGCAGAGCACGUCUCUGCAAUGUAAGGUGACUCAGCUGGAAACUAACUUAUCUGCACGUGAGCAAGAAAUUCUGGUGUAUGACGCCAAAUACCGAAAAUGUGUGGAGAAGGCCAAAGAAGUAAUCAAGAGCAUAGAUCCACGAAUCGCAAGUGCUCUAGAUGCCAGUGUCCUGGAAAAGAGUGCUGAACUCGUUGAGGAAGAACCGAAGCCUAAGAUGAGUGUAAUGGAGGAGCAGCUGAUGACCUCAGCCUUUUACAGGUUGGGUGUCAAUGCUCAGCGCGAUGCAAUCGACUCAAAGCUGGCCAUCCUAAUGGGCUCGGGCCAGACAUUCCUAGCCCGCCAGCGACAGUCGGCGCCUCGCAAAUCCCUAAGUGCAAUGAAAUCAAAGUAGAAAGCAUGAACCUGAUGUCUAGAUUAAGUCACUUUUCUUGUUUGAAAACUUAUAUAAAUAAUAUAUAAUACAAGUAUUUAUUGGACCUACGCAUGGAUCUAUAUCGUAUUUAUAGGAUAUACCUUAAUAAAAUUACUAAAACUA